GCUUUUUCUUUGAGAUUUUCUACCAAAUAUUUGACGUCAUCAAUAGUGGCCUACGCAAGGAUUUGAUACCUACCAAAAUAAACUUCAAUGAGUUGACCAGCCCCGAGCAGGGCCGAUUCCAUGAUGUCGAAGGGAUCCAAGUCUUCGCUUCGUGGAGAUUGUGGAUUGGUGGAAGUUAAAAGCAAGCAUGAUGCAGAAUUUAGAAGAUUUUCUGUUGACAAAAAUAAAAUGAAAGAAUUUGAAAAUUUUGAAAAUCUUUUGGCAUCACUACACAGUAUUGAUCGACAGAGCUUUAUUGUAACAUACACUGAUAUCCAUGGAGACUUAUUACCCAUCAACAACGAUGAUAACUUCCAGAAAGCAUUAAGCACAGCAAAGCCACUGUUACGUAUCAUGAUUCAAAUGAAAGGAGAAAGUUAUGAACAGAUGAAUGGGUAUGGGACAAUCACGAAAAAAAAGAAUAAGAUCACAAAGUUUAUGGGUGCAAAUGAACCAGUCGCCGGUGCUAAACCAAAGCUUCUUAUUGGACUUCCGGAGGAUUUCCGUCGUGUAUCGGCCAUUAUUGAUGUUGAUAUUGUUCCUGAGCAACAUCGCCGUGUGAAGUUAAUGAAAAAUGGUUCAGACAAACCUCUUGGAUUUUAUAUCAGAGAUGGAACUAGUGUUAGGGUAACUCCACAUGGAUUGGAGAAAGUCCCAGGAAUUUUCAUUUCAAGGCUUGUGCCAGGUGGUCUGGCGGAAAGCACUGGACUUUUAGCUGUCAAUGACGAAGUUCUAGAAGUGAACGGUAUCGAGGUAGCAGGAAAGACACUAGAUCAAGUGACGGAUAUGAUGGUGGCUAACAGUUCAAAUCUGAUCAUCACAGUCAAGCCUGUGAAUCAGCGAUUGACUCUGGCCCCCCACCGAGGGGGCCCUGGGAGACACUCCCAAAUGUCCCAGGCCUCCCAUGCCUCCUCCCAGCACUCCUUCAGUUCCCAGCGGUCAUCCAAGUCCUUUGACAGUGACCAUAUUCCAGAUCAAGACGACGAUGAUGAUGAAGUACAAGAUCAUUUAUUGCCCCCUAAGAAGAGCCCCAGCAAUACAGAAGUUGUCACAUUAUAAAGAGAUCCAUUGUUAUUUGUCAUCUGUAUAUUUUUUUGAUGCUUGAUGUCCAUUAUUUUUCAAUGGAAAAUUGUAUUUCGAAUGUUGAAUAUAAAUGUUUGCAUAUUACCAAGGGAUUACAUUUGUGUAUUUGUAUUUUAAGCAAAUUUUAUGUCAUUUUAUUCUUGUACUAGUGUGUAUUUUAAAGUUGGCCCUUUGCACACUUUUUAUAUGAGCCAUGCAUUUGUGGUAUUAAGUUAUUCCAUAGUUUUGCAAAUCCUUUAUUUCAGCAGCAAUGCCUUUAUCACUAUGCAAUUGUAUACUUGUAUACAUGUAUCUUUUUUUAAUCCGUCUUACCAACAUUCUUUUCUUUGUAUGUAUCAUAACAUUUCUCUAACACAUUGAUAUACAACUUUUAGUGAGAAAAAUAACUUUUAUGUGUAUUUAUUUUUUGUUUUUUGGAAAGGACCAAUGGCUUUUAAGAAAUGAGAAUAUUUUAAAGUUUUGGCUUUUAAAACGUAUUUGUUGAACUCUGUAGAACAGAGCUGAGUUGUGAAUUUGACAAUUUUUUUUUUAAACAUAUCUUGCCUUGAAUGCCUUCAAUAAAUGUUUUCUAGUCUUGUAGUGUAAGAAAUUAUUUUUUCAAGCUGAGGUUUUCAUGGUAACUGUAGCAUUUUUAUGUAUUUCAUGGCAAGUAUAGUUGUUAUGAAAUUCAUGCAUAAUUAAUUUUUCUUCAUUUUUCAUUAUCAAAUCUCACUUCAUUAUGUCCUUCAUUAAAUAUCUAAUAAAUUUUUGGCUUAAGGAAAGAACAAAAUAUCAAUCACAACAUUACUGAUUUAAAAGAGAAUAUUGGAUAUUAAAACUGAUGAUGGAAUUUCCUCUGUACAUAUAAACCAAAAUAAUGAUCAAGUGCUUACAAACUAAGUCAGGAAAAAAGUAGUGUGGGGACCAGGAAAGUGUAUAGUUUUAUAUCUAGAAUUCUUCUGUCCAAUGAUCAAUGAUCAUAAGGAUUUCCACUUAUUCUUAAUUUGGACCAAUAUUAAUAAUAUGUGAUAUAUUUGGGACUUGAUUUUUCACUAUAAGGAAAUGUUCUAUAUUAGAGUACAGUAAAUAUGAUACUGUAAUUUAAGUAGUAAGUCUUUCAUAUAAUCUAUAAUCAUGAAGUGUAAUCAACAUAUGCAAUAUAGAUGAAGUGAUUGUGUAUAUUUUUCUUACCAUGGAACUAGAGACAUAUGAAUCUACUUGUAUUUAAUCAUGUCACGAGAUUUGGGGAAUCUUUAGACAAAAUGAAAUUUUAUUUGAAUAAUUGAAUUUAAAAAAAGAUAAAUCAAUAAUGGUGUAUCUAUUGUUAGAAAUAUAAGAAUAAAAUUUUAGUUUGCAGCUAAUAGAUGUCUUAAAAAGGUUUCUCUAUCAUGCUGUAUGGUUCUGAUUUCUUGUGGAGGGGAAAUUGUAAAAAAAAAUCCUAUAAUUUUUGGAAUUUGUAAUAUAUAAUGUUUAUGUAAAUAUUCUCUAAUUAUUAUAUGUGGUAAUUUCUCUUCAUUUUAUAAAUGAACAAAUUUGCAUGUACUUUUUAAUGUGUCAAAUGAAAAAAUCAGUAUAACUUCUACUGAACUUGCAUUCAUUUUUAUUUGUCUUCCAUCGCAAGAAAACUAUAUUUUCAUUGAUGUUUUUUUUUUUCCAACUAUACAUUCCUUGAAUAUUAGAAAGGUCUGUGGAACUAAUUGUGAACACCUUUAACUCUAAUGUUAUAUAGUAGCGUUACGUAUAUUGUAAAUGUGGGCUAACAAUAAUAUAUAUAUACCGGUAGUGAAUAGGAUUAAAAUAGAACAUGAUCAAACUAUCAGAUGCAAAAGUUUAUAUUAUGUAAUGUUAAAAUAUUUAGUAUCUGGAUAUUAAGAAAUUUGUCAAAUAUGUGAGAAAAUUUUUUUACUGUUCCAAGACUGAGAGGGGGUUACAUUGGUUGCAUGUCUAACAGUUGUUUGUGUAAUAAAAUGCACGAUUUUGUUACUAUAAGUUAAAAUUGCAAUAUUUGUUGUCGUGUAUAACCAAAAAUUAUUAACAUUAUUAUUAAUAUUGAUUUUAAAAUUAAAUAAUUCUAUAAUAUAAA